UCCAUCUGGGUCUCGGCUGCGGGAGGAGCGGAAACGCUGGGUACGCGCGCCCAGAGCCGCGCCGGCCCAGAGCUCGCUGAGGAGCGGCGGGGUGUCCUCUGUCGCGUCCGCGCCCCUUUCCCGCUUCCUCAGCCCCGCGGCGCGGCCCCGCCCGAGCUCGCCGCGGCCCCAGCCCAGCCCCCGCGGCCCGAGCGCGACCACCUGAGCCCGCUGCGCCCACCUGAGCCCGCUGCCCGCGCGCCGGCGCCAUGGCGGAGCAGGAGAGCCUGGAGUUCGGCAAGGCGGACUUCGUGUUGAUGGACACCGUCUCCAUGCCCGAGUUCAUGGCCAACCUCAAACUCAGAUUUGAGAAAGGACGUAUCUAUACAUUUAUUGGAGAAGUUGUCGUCUCUGUGAAUCCUUACAAGUUGCUGAACAUCUAUGGGAGGGACACAAUCGAGCAGUACAAAGGACGUGAGCUAUAUGAGAGACCACCUCAUCUCUUUGCUAUUGCUGAUGCUGCUUACAAGGCUAUGAAGAGGCGAUCAAAAGACACCUGUAUUGUUAUAUCAGGGGAAAGUGGAGCUGGUAAAACGGAAGCCAGUAAGUACAUUAUGCAGUACAUUGCAGCCAUCACCAACCCCAGCCAGAGAGCAGAGGUUGAAAGAGUGAAGAAUAUGUUGCUUAAGUCCAACUGCGUUUUGGAAGCUUUUGGAAAUGCCAAAACCAAUCGUAAUGACAACUCAAGCAGGUUUGGAAAAUACAUGGACAUCAACUUUGACUUCAAGGGAGAUCCUAUUGGUGGACAUAUCAAUAACUACUUAUUGGAGAAGUCUCGAGUGAUUGUGCAACAGCCAGGAGAAAGAAGCUUUCAUUCUUUCUAUCAGCUACUCCAAGGAGGUUCAGAGCAGAUACUACGCUCUCUACAUCUCCAAAAAUCCCUUUCAUCCUACAACUAUAUUCAUGUUGGAGCUCAAUUAAAGUCUUCUAUCAAUGAUGCUGCAGAAUUCAAAGUAGUAGCUGAUGCCAUGAAAGUAAUUGGCUUUAAACCCGAGGAGAUUCAAACCGUAUAUAAGAUUUUGGCUGCUAUUCUCCACUUGGGAAAUUUAAAGUUUGUAGUGGAUGGUGACACACCUCUUAUUGAGAAUGGCAAGGUGGUAUCCAUCAUAGCAGAACUGCUCUCUACUAAGACAGACAUGGUGGAGAAAGCCCUUCUUUUCCGUACUGUGGCCACAGGCCGUGACAUUAUCGACAAGCAGCACACAGAGCAAGAAGCUAGCUACGGCAGAGACGCCUUUGCCAAGGCAAUAUAUGAGCGCCUUUUCUGUUGGAUCGUCACUCGCAUCAAUGACAUUAUUGAGGUCAAGAACUAUGACACCACAAUCCACGGGAAAAACACCGUGAUUGGUGUCUUGGAUAUCUAUGGCUUUGAAAUCUUUGACAACAACAGCUUUGAACAGUUCUGCAUCAAUUACUGCAAUGAGAAGCUGCAGCAGCUGUUCAUUCAGCUGGUCCUGAAGCAGGAACAAGAGGAAUACCAGCGGGAAGGCAUCCCGUGGAAGCAUAUUGAUUACUUCAACAACCAGAUCAUCGUGGACCUUGUUGAGCAGCAGCACAAGGGCAUCAUUGCAAUCCUAGAUGACGCCUGCAUGAAUGUUGGCAAAGUCACCGAUGAAAUGUUCCUGGAAGCUCUGAACAGUAAAUUGGGUAAACACGUCCAUUUUUCCAGCCGAAAGCUCUGUGCCUCAGACAAAAUCCUGGAGUUUGAUCGAGAUUUUCGAAUCCGGCAUUAUGCAGGUGAUGUAGUCUAUUCUGUCAUUGGUUUUAUUGAUAAAAAUAAAGAUACUUUAUUUCAAGACUUCAAGCGCCUUAUGUAUAACAGUUCAAAUCCUGUGCUGAAGAAUAUGUGGCCCGAAGGUAAACUGAGCAUUACAGAGGUGACCAAGCGACCCCUGACUGCUGCCACCUUGUUCAAGAAUUCCAUGAUUGCUCUGGUAGACAAUCUUGCAUCGAAGGAACCAUAUUAUGUACGUUGUAUCAAACCCAAUGACAAAAAGUCCCCUCAGAUAUUCGAUGAAGAACGCUGUCGGCAUCAAGUAGAAUACCUUGGGCUCCUGGAAAAUGUGAGAGUCCGUCGGGCUGGGUUUGCCUUCCGCCAGACCUACGAGAAGUUUCUUCACAGGUAUAAGAUGAUCUCUGAAUUCACCUGGCCCAACCAUGACCUUCCUUCAGAUAAAGAGGCUGUCAAGAAACUGAUAGAGCAAUGUGGUUUUCAGGAUGACGUAGCUUAUGGGAAAACCAAAAUUUUCAUCCGAACACCCCAUACAUUGUUUACCUUGGAAGAACUCCGUGCCCAGAUGCUUGUAAGGAUUGUCCUCUUCCUACAGAAGGUGUGGCGGGGCACCCUGGCCCGCAUGCGGUACAAGAGGACAAAAGCUGCCCUGACCAUCAUCAGGUACUACCGGCGCUACAAAGUGAAGUCGUACAUCAAGGAGGUAGCCAGACGCUUCCAGGGUGUCAAGACGAUGAAGGACUAUGGGAAGCACGUGAAGUGGCCCACCCCUCCCAAAGUGCUGCGUCGCUUUGAGGAGGCCCUGCAGGCAAUUUUCAAUAGAUGGAGAGCAUCCCAACUCAUCAAGAGCAUACCUGCAUCUGACCUGCCCCAGGUCAGGGCAAAGGUUGCAGCCAUGGAAAUGCUGAAGGGUCAAAGGGCUGACCUUGGGCUCCAGAGAGCCUGGGAAGGCAACUAUCUUGCUUCAAAGCCAGAUACACCUCAGACCUCAGGCACUUUUGUCCCCGUUGCUAAUGAACUGAAACGGAAGGACAAAUACAUGAAUAUCCUCUUUUCCUGUCAUGUCCGUAAGGUGAAUCGAUUUAGUAAGGUGGAAGACCGAGCAAUUUUUGUCACUGAUCGUCACCUGUAUAAAAUGGAUCCCACUAAACAGUACAAGGUGAUGAAGACUAUCCCCCUGUACAAUUUGACUGGUUUGAGCGUCUCCAAUGGAAAGGACCAACUUGUAGUGUUCCAUACAAAAGACAACAAAGACCUCAUUGUCUGUCUCUUCAGCAAGCAGCCAACACAUGAGAGUCGAAUUGGAGAGCUUGUUGGAGUCCUGGUGAAUCAUUUCAAGAGAUUCCUGCACUACUUGAUGACAUUCCUCAGACAAACUGCUCGUUGCAUAACCGAGUCUUAUUACUGAUAAAUUGCAAUCCAGAUAUAAAAAGCAAUUAAAAGUAAAGCAUGGCAGCGGCCUACACCUAUAAUUCCAGCACUUGGCAGGCUGAGGCAAGAGGAUCACUGGAUAGUAAGUUGAAAGCCAGCCUGAACUACAUGGUGAGGCUCUGUGUAAAAAAUAAAAUAAAAUAAAUAAUAGUAAAUAAUCAUACCCUUAAAAACUAAACGUUUGUGAAACCACCGUGUAUAUAGCUCCUUCUUUUUAACAUUACUUUUUUUCCCCAUACUAAAGAUUAAACCCAAGGCCUCACACUGAGCUCCUUAUCCCUUUAUAUUUUUUUGAGACAGGAUCUAGUUAAAUUGCCCAGGCUGGCCUCAGACUUGCAGUCCUCCACUACAGCCUCUUGAGUAGCUGAGAUUACAGGGAUGCACCUCUGCACUUAGAUACAUUAUUACUUUCAUAAACCCUCUCUUUAAUUCCUUAGUUUAUCUUCCAUACCUGACCAGGACACAUUUUUCUCACUGUGAAGAGCCAGAUAGUAAGCAGUUUAGGUUUUGCAGUUCAUACAGUCUCUGUGAUAAGCAUCAAUCCUGAGUGGACAAAAGGAACUCUAGACAAUACGUAACCAGUGGACAAGGCCAUGUUCUGAUAAAAAUUUUGGUUACCAAGACAAGUGGCCAACUGGAUUAGGCCCAUAGCUUCUAAUCUGGAAGAACAAAUCCUGACUCUCCUGUCUAGGAAGACUUUGAAUAUUUUAAUUUGGAAGCUUUUGAAUAAUCUGAAUUGAAAGGAUGGUAACAUGGGUCACACAAGACCAACAUGUAUACUUUAAAAUCUAAAAUUCCUAAGAUGUAUUUAAUAUGGGUCAUCUCAGAGUCCUAGGAGGAAACAAGCCCGCUGAGGCUGCACUCUUACACAUUCCUUGAGCAAAUCAAGUAAGACAAAACAGAGAAACAUCUUCCAUCCAGCUGCACAUUUCUAGGUCAAAGGUGGCCUUUCAACUCCAAAAAUAGAGUUUCUUCCCAAAAUCCACUUAUUGCUGACAAGAAGUGUGAAUCCUUGGAUUUCUAACUGUGAAAGGAUGCAAUUCAUGAGUAUUUUCUCAAAGCACCAAAACGAAAUCCUGAGCAGUCAGAUUAAAAGGAGUCAGUGACAAUUUCUGGAACAUUGCCAGCAUUCAAAGCUGUCCCACUGGAAAACUCCACAGAUUCCAAGUGGUAAACCAAACUAUAAAAUGAGAUAUAUGCCAUAAUAAUAUUUUCCUAUUUACACUACCAUUUUUCCCCAGGUCAAAUCUAAUUUAGAGAAACUAACCCACUGCCAUCACCUUUGGAAUUAUCCACUUGAAAAUCUAAGAGAUCAAGUCAGCACAUGUGACUUACCACUUAUGUAACCAAACAGCCACAUGUAGGGUCCUUUUUAAUAUCUAAGCCACUAAGAAGCCAGUCACUUUCAUCAGUAAAAGUCAGUCUGGAGUUUUAAAUGACAAGACAGGAUGCAGUCUUCUUUUAUUUUACUUUCUCAGGAUACCACUUAUGAUUUGUGGUACUUUUCUUCUUCCUAGCCCUGGAAAAUAGCAGAAUCAAAGUCUGUAGCCUAGAAGACUCACAACUUUUCUGUGACCGCUCCAGUGCCACCACCCAAAAUUUCUGCAGGAUUAGAGUUAAGAAUAAAAAAGAAAUUUGCUCUUCUUCCUCAAGUUACUAUAGUCUUGUUUCUGCCCGGAAAAUAGAGGUCCUCAAAGAUGCGUGAGUUAGAAGGCUGGGAAUUUAGCUUAGUGGCAUAAGCACCUACCUGGCAAGUAUGAGGUCAUGAGUUCCAUACUUGGUACCAAAAAAAAAAAAAAAAGCAUGAGUUAGUGGUCUUACAUAAAUAUUUCAUAAAUACAACAUAUUUUUCUCCCUCUUCAAAGAGACUGAAAUUGCUACUUUAACAAAUAUGUUGUUUGUAAUUAUUUACUUGGUGUGCUUUGCAACAAGUACUGUAUGCUAUGUCAUAAAGUGAAAACUUAGCAAUUAAACUUAAUUGAGUAAAAGAUGCUGUGUUUUCAAGUGUGUGCUUUAAAACAUUUUUGCAUAAGCUAAAGGUUUGGACUCAUUUUUCCAAAGUAUACCUUUCACUUUUAACUGCUAGUAGACUAAAUGCCACAUUUAAUUAAGACUGAAAAGAACCUCUAGUAGAAAUAGCACGUGUCUGAUUGGUGAGAACCUCGUGCAUAGUGCCAUUCAGUGUUCUGUGUCACCUUGCAAACACUAACACACCACCAACAGCCAACGGAUUCAACUGUAUGGGCUUAGCUGAAUAAUCUUCAUUUUUCUAGAGAACAAAAGUUUCAUGUGUGCUCUGCAUUCUCUGUUCGUGUUUGGGCACACGGAGGGGCUGAGAUAACACCUGUUGUUCCCUCUGAGUGAGGCCAGCAGCUGCGGGCUCCUGAGACUUAAUUGUGUCUCACUCACUCAGUUCCACCACAUCAUGUGGCCCUCCUGCCGGUUCCACAAAGCCUGAGUCCCUCUCAGCGAGACACAGAGAGGAAAGAAAGGAGGAGUUAAUAUUAGCCCUAGCAUUUGUCAGUGACUUCCCCACUCCCUUCAGCUGUCGGUCAUACUUCACCCUCUGCAACAGAUGAUUGCAGUACACAGGGGUAAAUCUCUGGACAUUGUACCUGUUGCGGAUUUAAACUUCUAUACAAAGCAUUCCUCCCUGAGAAAUAGAAUCUUUGCUAUUUGUCUACAUUUGCCCUCAAAUUACCUUGCAAUUUUGCCGUGCCAAAAAAAAAAAAAAAUGUUCCUAUCUUAUUAUCUGUGAAGUUAAGAUAUGAUGGAAAGCAACUUUUAUAACUUGAUUUUCUCAUUUAAUAUACUCUGAUCUAUACUUGAAUUUCUCAUUGACACAGUCACUUAUACAGCCUUUAAAAACUCUUUGUUGGACAUUUUAAUGUUUUUCAAGUUUUUAAUUGUAAUUUAUACUGUGAUGAGCAUCCUAAGGUUUUUCCUUGGUGCUGUACAGAAGCAAGAGCAAAAAAAGGUAUUGCAGGCACAGGAGGGCUGCCGAAGAGUGAAAGAUCUCUCUCAGGCAGACAAAGAAGCAGCAAGCUUUCAUUCAGUUUGAUUGGGGUGGAGUUUGAAGGAGUGGGCAAAAUGAUGUACAGGCAGCUGAUUGGGGGAAUGUUGGCAGGCAUGCUAAAAGCAGGAAGUUCAGUUCCACCUUGGAAGAAGAACAUAGAAGUGAGCACUAGAGGAACACACUGUCACUCCAGGGUCUAUCACCUGUUGGGCAGGCGCCAUGCUGAGCCUGGAAGAGCUUCCCACAGGCAGAACCCAUCACAUCCUUGUGUUAAAUCUGUAUUGCACUGUGCUUUAUUUCUUUAGGGUCAGCUUAUAGUAGGGAAAGAGUAAAGGAGAAAGCAGCUGCUUUGACAAAGGAAAGGAUAUGUAAAGCCAGAAGAGAGCAGAGGACAGCACAGGCUAAAAACAGCAGUGGGGCUGGGGCCAGGGGAGCUAGGAACCUGCGAGCCUGGGCCCAGGGCGGGUAAAGAGGUCACAGAGAUGCAAGAAAGACCAUGGACUUUUCCCUGAGGAUGAUGAGAAGCUAAACGAGGGUUUCAAGCCAGAAACCAGACUUGAACCUUAGAGAUACACAUUUUAGUAAGAUCCUUCUAGUUGCAGUUUGUAGACUGGGUAGCAAGCCAGGAGACCAAAGAGAAAGCUGUUAAAGUAUCUUAGUAAAGUUAAGAGGAAAGUUCCAGUAGUGAACUGAUUCAGAGUGUGUGUCCUCCAGGACUUGGUGGUAGAUCACAGUGAGUGACAAAGAGGAGGUGGCAUUGUGGAGAUCUGCAGGCUUCUGGCUUGGUGUUGGGUGAGUGUACAGUAAGCUGAGCAGCCUCCAUGUAAGCAGUAUGUGUGGGAGCAGCUGGACAUGAAGUUUGGAAUCAGAUGGGCAAGUAGGACUCGGUAGUUUGGGAGUUAUCAGCAUACAGGAUUGUCUGAAGCCUUGCAAACGGAGGAAGAGCAAGGUGGUGGAGGUAGCAGGAAUGGUGGAAGAGCAGGAAGAAAGGAACAUGCUGUUCCACAGAAACCACUUGCAAGAAUGUCGCAGGCCACCAUGCCACAAGUUCUGGGACAGACAGGGAACAAGAAUGAAUAAGAUCCCAGUAAACAGGAGGCUGAGGCAACAGGAUCACUGCAAGUUCAAGGCCAGCCUGGGCUACAUGGUGAAUUCAAAGCCAGUCUGAACUACAUAGCGAGACCCGGCCUCUUAAAAAAAAAAAAAAAAUGAACAAGAACCAACCAAGGAAACAAGGAGAAGUGAUGAACUGAGGCUUCUUAAAGAGACUAGCUCUCCUUCAUUGUACUUCAUUCUAAGUAAAUAAACCCAAAUCCAAAUGUGUCAGACCUAGUAUGCAUUGAAAGUGGAGAGCCAUGGUUCUGCUAUGGACAAAUAGGUGUGUCAGUCUCUGUGCUGUUUUAAGACCUACGCAGAAUUUUUAAUGAGAUUCUACCUAAAAUUGCCUGUGUUCUAUUUUUAAUAUUCUCCCACUCAUGCUUGUGAAAUUAGUCCAAAUCCUCAUUACAGGUACCUCUUUAAAGGCCGUAGUUCACCACAAGACAGUGGUACUGCCCUACUUAAUCUGCUGCAGUCUCAAUUUCUGAAUUGGUGUCAUCGAGUAGACAGACCCCUUAGUGUCAGAAAUGAACUGGCAUAUAGGUUUAUAAGAAAGUAGAUCAUAUCUAGUUGAAGGGUAAAAAGAGGAUGGCAAUCAGAAAAUGAUGUACAUUUGCUCACUUCAGCAGCACAUAUACAGAAAAUGAUUCGCAGAGGGACAUUUGUGUCCUUCCUUGGUCUGAGACUUGUAGUAGAGAACAGCCUUUUCACUGCUUACUGGGAAGCUAGCUGUAGAAUUCUCAGCAGCCACUUAUGCAGCCAGUGUGGCAUCUUGAGAAUUGCCCUCACCUUAUUGCAGGGUGGGUGAGAUGCCCCUGCACAUCAGGUGGGCAGCAGUUUGCUGCCAGGUGAUGAUGUGGCCAUGAAGAGUGAGUGCUGUUUUGUGAGGCCUGAUGCUGGUGCUGAGACAUGAAUUUUUCCUGUUCAGUAAGCAGAUAAUACAAUACUCUAGAAGCUUACAUGUCCUUUCAGGCACUUUUCUCUACAUUUCAGCAUUGUUGGCUGUGUAUAUUUUCAAUUUACUUCGACCUUGUUAGAAUAAUCUAGCCAAACCUUCAUGAAUGUGUCUCUAGUAUUCAUCAUUAUGCAUGCACAUGGCCAUUCCUGUUUGAGUCACGUGAGAGGCUGUUAAUGCCUUGAGCCAGGUUUAGAAAAUUGGGGAUUAAUGUCUAUUAAUGCUGAGCUAUGCCAUUUUUUUUUUCAGGAAAAACAAUGGUCUUUAUGGAGUCUUUCUCUGAUAACAUCCUUAUUUGCCCUCCAUCAAAUUUUAUUUGGUGUUGCAGAGUAAGUUUAGUACAUAAAUCAGAAUCUUUCAGAUAUAGUGGUUGGCUUCAACUCCAAAUUGAAUGUCCUGGAAGGAGCUUACCCAGUUUUCAGGCCCUCGGGGCUAAAUGUCCUAGAGCAAGACCUGUCUGCUUCUUCCCACCAGCCUGUUCUCCUGACCUUCCCUGAGCUCCAAGUUUUGCUUCCUGUAUCCUAUGGUUUGGCUUGUGCCCUGGAAAAAUCUUGGCCCCAGGCAGCUCCAGAUCUGCAUUACCCUGCUUCAAACUUUGUGCAUCCUAGUGAGAGUCUCUAAACAACCCAGACUCCAUCCAGACUCAUUAGGCUGGGAAACAAGGUCCUAGGAUUAGAGUCCCAGAGCGGCACUAUCAAGGCUAAGGAUUUGAUCCCAAGUUGGAUGGGAAGGAUCAGUUCUCCAAAGAGAAUAAAAGCAGACAACCAAAAAAAAAAAAAAAAACAAAACAAAACAAAAAGAGCAGGCAAAAACCAUUAUCUACUACUCUUAAUAUCAAGAUGUUCUUUUCUCUUGAACAGUAUCUUUCAUCCUUGUCCCAGAGCGGCCUGAUGAGUCACAGUGAAAUUCUUGUAUCUUUGGAAUUACACUAACGCUUAGUCUAUGCUUCUUCUACCCCUUAUCAAUGUAAUUUUUUAUAUUUCUUUAUGAUACAUGGUAUAUCAUGUUGAGACGCAGUUAUGAUAGUCUUAAAAUAUUAUCUUAUUCAAAUCUUACAACCACGUGAGCCAUUUGUUAUUUUAUUUAAACAAACCUAUUUUACAGAUGGACAAGAAGGUCAUGAAAGGUUCUAUGACUUACCCACAGCCACAGAUAGGGUAUAAUCAAGGGUCCUCUGCCUGUUCUCCCUGCUGGCAGUGGCUGUGUCAGGUGUCUGCCCCUUCGUGUUUUGUUUGCAUCUCUUUGGUUGUCCCUGGAGAACUGAGGUUGCACUGCUCAUCCUUAGCCACAAAGGCCCACAAAACAUCCCCCAGUGCUGUGGAGCCCGAGUGUGCAGGAAAUGACUGGCUGGUCAUGAAGGCAGGAGUGUGAGCUGCAGCAGCUCCAGUGGAUAUUCAGCAGGAGCACUUGAGGUUGUGGAGCCACACUGGGAUCAGCAGGGUGUCCUUGAUAGGAGCUCCUGGGGUGCCACUGCAGCUAAGGACAGAGUGUCCUCUCUCAUGCUGCACCCCUUGUCUGACUUCCCUCAGAGACUAGAGACACUGAAAACAGGCUGAACCUGCAGCUGAGACCCUGCCCCACCACCCCUAAGCAGGGACCAUAGCCACCCACCACGGCCAGCACCUCCACUCCCCUACCCAGCUGCAACCAUGGAGUCCCUUCCACCUUCCAGUGCCCCUACAGCCCUUUAACAUAAGUCCUGCUCACAUACAGACCCAGGCUUCUCUGAGCAAGAAGUUUUAAGACGGGACAGAAAAGAACCAGACAUUCCUACCCUUCCCUGUGCUUUAGAGUGUGCCUCUGCAGCACACCCGUCUUCCCUGCCUCCUCUGGCCAGCUUGUCCUUCCCCUUAGUCCUGGCAGCACACUGCACUACACUGAUUGUUCUGCUGCCUCCUGCCCUUGUCUCCACUGCAGUCUCAUGUGCUUUCAGAGACCCCCACCCCGUGUCAGAUUAGUUUGUUAGCUCUUCUAAGAUCUCGGUUCCCCACCCUAGGGCACUGUGAUUACAUAAUGAGAUGACCUAGGCAUAGUGGCAGCAUGCCUGUAAUCCUGGUAUUCAAGAGCCUGAGGCAGGAGGAUGGCAGUCAGCUUAAGGCCAGCCUCAGCUACACAGCGCAACCCUGUCUCAAAAAAAAGCUAUAGAACUUUCCUGAUUCUGAACCAGGGGAAGGGCAUGAAUGUGAGUGGUGCCUGUCUACAGGCAUAGCUGUGAUACUGACUCUAUCUUACAUAACAAUGUGAAAUGGGAUUUAGCUCAGUAGCUUAAGUGCCUGCCUGGCAAGCGUGACCUUGUGAAUUCGAUCCCCAGUACCCAAAAAAAAACCAACGUGAAAUCCUUAUUUGUUGGGGCUGAACUGGAAGAUAUAUCAGAGGGUGCAGACUGCUCAUUGGCCACAGACUUGGAUGCUUACAGUCACAAACUGUUGUUCUAAAGAACAGCAGUUCAAGUCAUGUCACUAGGCUGAAGUCAAGGUGUCACAGGGCCUGGUUCCUCCUGGCUUCUGGUGACUAUGCAUUCUUUGGCUUAUGAACACUGUAUGCUGGUGACUCUCCCACCGUUCUCUCUCAAAGGACACUGUGGUAGCACUUAGGGUCCUCUUGAAUAAUCUAGGACAGUCUCCUGCCCCAAGGGCCUUCCAUAGCUACAUCCACAAUCCUUUCUGCCAUAUAAGGUAGCAUUCACAAGUCCUGGGCAUUAGCGGGGUUCUGAGCCAUAUACACCCCAACUUGAGGGCUGGUCUCUUACUCUUGACUUCCUGACUAAAGAACCAGCUCCAGCCCUGCACACGUGCACUCUCCCUUCCUGUUGUUCCUUAUCCCUAGCAGCAAUAGGGUCCUCGGUGUCUUGCCUUCAGCUUUCCAGAGGCCAGGGGAGGUUGGAUGUUUCUUCCAAUCAGGUUGCCUUCCACUCCCAGCACCCAGUGGGGCAGGAGAGGAUACUUCCCAAAGGGGCCAAUUCAUUAUCACAAGAAUAAAGACACUUGGCUUUUUGGUAGCUGUAACUAGUGUGGAAAAUGUCUGCCUCUGCCUUUCUGCCAGGCUCUCGAGAAUUUAAAGGCCAUGAAGUAGAGAACAGAUCUUUGGCUGUUGUCCACAGUGCUGCCUAGCAGCGUCUUGACAGACUCUCAAUUACCAUCACCCCAGGCAGACCCUCCUGAGAAAGCCUCCACCCACCAGCACCCUGGGUCUACAGUAGUGCCAGGCACAGCUGCAGGCAUGUUAGUGUUCUGAAACCUCUUUCAGACAGAGGCCUUGUUCGUGCGGCCAUUUUUAAAAGCAGAAGAUUGAACCAUCCGUGAAACUUGGUGAUGGAGGAAGGCUGUGGAGACUCCUGAGGUGGUCUCUUGGAAAGCUGUCACAAGAAGCCAACCCCAGUGUGUGAUAGCCCAUAACAGCUGCUCUUGGCAUUAACUCCUGUGUGACACGGCAGAGAGGCUGGGCUCAGGAAAAGCAGCAGUACUGUGGAAAUUGUAUAUAAUUAUAAAUUCCUUCUCUGCUAUAAGAAUUCUUAUGGAAGGAAAUGAAGACUAGCUCCAAACCAUCAGUGAGACAGCUUUCUUGCUUGGCUCCUCCUUCCUUGUCCAGAGUUGCUUCACCUUGAAAAUGGGAAUCUUGGGGCUGGGGAUUUAGCUCAGUGGCAUAAGCGCCUGCCUUGCAAGCAGGCAGUCGUGAGUUCAAUCCCCGGUACCGAUAAAAAGGAAAAAGACAAAAAAAAAAAAAAAAAAGAAAAUGGGAAUCUUCACUUAUCAGUCCACAAAAAGGAGGCUUCAUGAGGGGGUGACCAGGACCAGAUGAACAGUCUGAGCUCACAUCAGUGAUCCAGCCACAGCCUUCACUUCCUACUCUUGGCUUUACCUUAGACACAUAUAGUCUCUGAGAGUCUGCAGGGUCACAUCUUCACACAUGAGCACAAUUGAAGUGUUUUUCAAACUCAAAAUUGACAAAGGACUUGGUUUGAAUAGAUAUUGUGUUCACUUAAAAUAGGAGGCUUAGGGGCUGGGGAUUUAGCUCAGCGGCAUAAGCGCCUGUCUUGCAAGCAGGGAGUCGUGAGUUCGAUCCCCGGUACCGAUAAAAAUGAAAAAGACAAAAAAAAAAAUAGGAGGCUUAGGGAAGCAAUUUGAAAAACAACAAAUUUGGGACCAAGAGAGUCAUUCAGUGGCAGAGCACCUGCCUAGCCACAUACAGAGCCUCAGUUUCAAUCCCCAAUACCAGAAAAACAAGGGAGAGGCAGAGAAGAGGAAUUAUUUGAUAAGGCCUAGAAAUCUUUAUAGAAGGGAGGGGAAAGAUGAUAGUGAGGAAAACAAAUUAGUGUGUUAACUAUAGUAAUAGCCAGUAUAUGUUGAGGAGACUGGACCCUGUCUUAGAAGAUUAGGAAGCAUUCUCAGAGCAAUGCUGAUGAGAAACAAAUAGCAGACAGAAAUUAGCCUGGAAAAAGGACCAAGAAUCUUCUAGAUUGGAAAAAGCAUGCACGAAUGCCAGAGGCAUCAGGACAAACAGAGGUGUGGCCAGUGAGCCAACAGAUCAGUAACUGAAUGCUCCAGAAAGAAAAGAUGAGCAAGAGAGAUGUGCGGACGGCCCAGCUCCUCCUGAGACUAGGUGCAAGGCAGGCCAGCACUCCUCCUCUCUGCUUUCUCCAGGAGGACAGCGGCCCCAACCCACCUUGGGCUCAUUUAGAAACCUGGAAGAGCCUUAAGGAAGCUGUUGGAAUCAAAGCUCACAAAUAGUCUGUGCUGCACACCUGAUAUUUCUGGGGCAGAGAAAUGUGGUUUCUGAAUGUUGAAAUUAAAGUCUUCCUUUCUAGCACGGUUCUGGAGUGUCUUCAGCCUAAUACAAACGGUUGUUUACUUAGCUCUGAUGUCAGACCAUAUCCUCCAAGGGAGAAAGUGCUCGAAAUCACCUGAGGAAACAAGGAAUUUUAGCGAUCACCUGCCAAGAAAUGACAAGUAAUUCCAACCAGAAAUCAAACCAGAGCAGCUGCUGCGCGCAGCUGCACACCAUGCAGCUCCCGCUGAAGCAGUUAGUGGGGCUAAAAAUAACCAGGGCCACAAAGCCACAGCGUGAGGUCUUUCUCAGUGAGCAAGCCACCGAAAUCGCAUGGGGAAAAGAGAAAGGCAAGGUAUGUCCUGGACCCUGGGAGUAUCAACCCAACAGCCAAAGAAAUGACACCAGGAGCCCGCAGGUCCCCACUCAAGAGCUGACUGGACCUCGUGUUCCUCAUUUUAUAGAUGAUGGAAGAGGCAUGUUGGCCCUGACCUAGGAAUUUUCAGGUUGAGAAUUCCUAAUCUCAGCUAUGACCCAAGCCCAGUUGCCUAAGGAAGACUAAAAGAAGCAAAAUAUAGAAAUCAGUAACUUCAAUGUCACCAUCCUACUUCUGAACAAGAGGUGCAGAGAGUGAGACGGUCUGCUGAGAACCAGCUCCUUUUUCAGUUGUGAAACCGAGACUGGACUUUCUCAGCCACAGAGGAAGGUGGAGGUGAGGUCACAAGGAAGCAUGCUUCACCAAAGACAAAGCAAGAGGAUGCUUUUUUUCACUGUGGGAAAUCCAGAAAGACACAUACACUCAUUUAGCCCCAGAGGAAAUAGAAAUGCUUUCCCAUGCAUAGGAAAACACCAGCACAUUUUCAGUGCAUUUUUCUUGUAAGAAAAACUAAUUGACCCCUGGUUGUAGCAACUGUGUGGUCAUCGUAGUUACAGGACAGCAUGUGCUUAGUAAGCUCUUUCUAGUGCUUCUCAGCACCAAGCUGAGAGUGUGCUGUUACGGAUUUUCCUUUGAGACAGAGUCUUGCUAUGUAAGUCAGGCCUUGAACUCACUAUGUUUCCCAGGCUGAGAUCUUUCUUGAUCUUCAUAAGAUCCCUAUUGGGGAGAUUAGGAAAUUAGUCAAGAGCUGACUGCUUGUCCAGGGGGAAGUCAGGCUUUCUCACUCCAAAGCUGGCAGCUUGGCUGGGUGUCACUCGUGGCUCUGUAGCCUCCCUGCCCCUGCUCUUGUGUUUCCUUGUUCUCUCCAUCACAUAGCACAUGGCUGUAAUCCCAAUACUUGGGAGGUUGAGGCAAGAGAAUUGCCAUGAGUUCAUGGCCAGCUUCAUCUGCAUAGCGAAACUCUGUCUCAAAAGGACAAAAAAAAGAAAAGCAGGCACCUUGGAUACUGAGGUGCCUCAGAUAGAGUGGGGUCCUGAAGACUGAAAGAGUACUGAGGGAGUAGCUCAGGAGUAGAGUGCUUACCAGCACGAGAAAGGCUGAGUUCACUCCCCAGCUCAACAUGAAGACUGGAAGGAAUUUUUUUAUAACCUUUUCAGUUUCCUGUGAAAGUUUUUCUGUUUCUCAUUUACAUUGUGCUCUUUCAUUAUUGGUGACAUUCAUGCUUCUCCCCUUUGUCUUCCUGCCAUCAAUGAUGUGAAUGAACACUGAAUCAGAAUUACGAGGUACAAAGUGAGUUUCACAACCACCAUUAACUACCUCAUGCCCUCCGGGCAUGGUUCCUCACCUGUGAAAUGAAGUCACUGGGUUGUAACCAAGGUCCAUUGAAGACCUCCUGUCUCCUUUUCCUUUCCCUGUCCUCCUGGCCUCUGGUACGCCCUGGUGCUCCCUACCCUUUCUUCAUGUGCGACGGACAGACAGAGACACAGGCAGACAGCUACCCAGCUGUCUAGGAGGCUGGGGCCACACUAAGGAGACUGAGGGGAGCCGAUGCCGCUCCCUGGUGCACACCCAUCGAGCUGGCCCCCCUCACAAGGGGCUGUAGGGCACUCUUGGCUCUGCGGCCUCCUGCCCCUGCUCUUGUGUUUCCUUGUUCUCUCCAUCACAAGAGUCCUCAUACUGCCUUCCCUUUUCACUUGCGCUAUGGACCAGGUCAUCUUCUCCACCUUGGAUCCCUGCCCACAUUAACAUUACUUCUUGCUGCCUCUGUAGAAGUCCACUGUCCACAAAGGAGGCAGUGCCUUUUGUCUUCCUAAUGAGUUCACCAAGUGUCCCUCCCAGGCAUUAGAAUACCUCAACUCACUUUUUAAGUCAACACGUAAAACUUAAGAAGGGCUUCGAGAAAUUUGGGAAGUCUAGGACAAAGUUCUUUCAUUCUGACCACCCUGUAGGACCUGGUUUGGUCCGAAGGCUUCCUGAACUCUGACUUUGGUGUUUUUUCACUAUUAGGAAACAUCAGGCUGCAGUGGUGAAAAGGCAGUGAGACUGGUGACGGGGUAAAACCCACAGAGACUGUUUGCUUGAUACCUUUUCAGCUCUGAUCACACUUUUCAGUUCUUAACCACAGAACACAUAUGCUCAUCUGCUCUGGAAGAGAUGUAAAUUUUAUUAACCAUAAAUAUUUGAAAUAUUUUAGAGAAACUGAGAUUUAUAUAAUCCAGAAUGACUGGCUAGGAUUAUAAGGAACCAGAAGUGAUCACCACCCGUGUCUCAACAAACUGAUGCUUGUCCAAAUUACUAUAAAUUGUUAGUCAUUUCAAUAAUAUUUUCACUUAAACAAAUAUUCCCUUAACCUCUGGCUACCAAACAUAGUAGGAAUUUAUAUGAGGAAUUGAAAGUCCUCUUACUGUAACUGCUACAGCCUUCUCUCCAACCUGUUCAUGAUUGUGUGGGAGAGCAUAGCCUUUAUCCCUCCAAGCCUACCCUGACAGGAAGACUGUGCUAUGCUCCUUUUAGACUACAGAAACAAUCUGCAGCACUUAGGCCUUCUCAUCCCUAUUUUAGGUGUGUUUCCAAGGAGUAGGAUGGUUGUCAUGGUUUACGAAGACCUUCUUCACUGUCAGAAUGCAAGAAUACAAGAGUAGGCAGCUGAGGGAGGCACAGGCCAUCUGUCCCUAAGCAAGGGGUCUUUAGGAAAUAAAUAGCCUUCUGGUCAGGAUGUUCUAGAAGUGUUGCUGCUUAAAACUGAACUCAAGGUCGGGCCUUUCACAAGGCCCAGUUCUGAAAUUUCAAGCCUACAAAUUGAGGUCUAGUCUAGGAGGUCAGCCCACAGAUUGCAGGGAGCCUUGCUCACCAAAGAUGCCUAAUUCCCAGCCCAUACUUCCGUUCCCCUCCCACUGCCAUUGCACAUACUACCUGCAAGAAAGAUAACUUUGCCACUCCCCUUUGGCUGUGGCAGUGUUUGGGGUCUGGGGUGCAGGAUGCAGUUCACAUUUGUUAUUUUUGCCCAUCUAUUUCCUGUCCACGUCUGCUGCAAUGUCUGGUUAAUAUUGCUGCUCUACCCUGACUUACCAAAAUGGCUUCCAAGGUAAUCAGGAGUGCUUAGAAUGCUUGAAAUGGACCAAAAUCCAUCUAGAUAGCAGCAGUGAUAAUAAUGAGCCAUAACAGAUUCCAUGCAGACCCAGUGCCCUCUUAUUCCUGGGAAUCCCACUAUUGGUGGUAGAGCAAUUGGGAGCCAGUUCCCUACCAGCCCAUACAAGUUUGUCCCAUGUCUAUUAUUCAUCAGUGUGCCUCUUUAUUAUCUUACAAAGCAUGCUGCUCCAGACCCAGGAGAGAUGCAUCACAAAGGGGAGACUUUGCCUGCUGGUUAAAAGGCAAAUGUUCGGGGGCUGGGGAUUUAGCUCAGCGGCAUAAGCGCCUGCCUUGCAAGCAGGCAGUCGUGAGUUCGAUCCCUGGUACCAGUAAAAAGGAAAAAGACAAAAAAAAAAAAAAAAAAAAAAAAAAAAGGCAAAUGUUCCUGUUCACAGUUCACUCUGCACUGAGUUUCCAGAAUUCCCCAGCCACACCCAUUGGCUCACUGUUUGACUUCAUUGCACGGCACUGGUCCUGACAGGCCAUUUCUGGGCUCAGUCACGGCCCUGGAAGUCAUGUGUGGCCUCGGUGUAUGCACAGUGCCAGAGCCACCACCUUCCCUUGCUCAUGAGGACUCAGCAGCUCCAGAGAUGGAGGAGACCAGCUUUAGCCCUUGCGUAGUAGUUUCAUGAGUCUUUCCCUGUUCAUGCUGAAGUGAUUUAGAGAUAAUACCACGAGGCUGGGCUUAGAGUCAAAAAAUUAAAAAUUGAUUUUCUUUUUCUGGAGCAGCAAUCUGAGCAGGGAAGUUGUCAUGUGAAUCAGCUCUGCAGGAAGGUUCCCAUAGGUCUGCAGGUUUCAGGGUUUCCACUGAGCCUGUUUCCAAUGCCUGCAGGGUAGCUCUUUCUCCUGCUUUUCCUUUUCAACAUUUCUGGCUAAGGUACAGACCUGGUUUAAAAAAAAUCUCUGCCCCUCCUCCAUUUCUUCAUGUUUUUGUCAUGUACACAGCAUACCACCCUUGGUCGACCCCCAAAUCCAUGUCUCCCUUCUCUUUCAGCAGCUGGUGAGCUCAUCAAUAUGCCAGGAGAUGAUCUAAGCCCCAAAUCGCCACCUUCUCUAGAAAGAAGAAACAAAAACAAAAACAAGCGGAAAGAGGAACGGUUUGGGGGGCAGGGAGCCUAUAAAUGAUGCAUAAAGCGAAUCUCCUUCUCGGUGGGCGUGCGUGUGUUUGAGCACAUUUUACACCCCCAGCCGCAGCACCGCGCUCGCUGGGGCCGGUGGUGGCAGCAGCAGCAGCAGUGGCAGCAUCUUAAUGUCAGAUGAAAUCGCAGGGGCUGUGUUGCCAUGGCGACCAGGGGAGCAGUGGCCCUAAGAGCGGCAGCCUUGGGCAAGCACCGCCUCCCUCUCACUGCAGCCCACCCUCCUUGAUGCAGAUUCUCUUUGUCUCGAUAGGGCUCCCCCUCCCCCUCAGCCUGUCCUCUCCCCACUCACUUUCCUUUGUCAUCCCCCACUGGCCUCCAGACUACUACCCAACAGAUGGGUGGCAUGGGGGCAUGGUGAGGAUGAGGCCACAUGGCCUGAAGUCCAUAUGCAGUACUGGGGGAACAUGACCCCUCGCUGGAAAAUAAGUCUGUGAAGAAGAUUAAGGGUUGAAGCGCUCACUGGAACUUUUUUCCCCUCACCCAGACCUCUCCCGUUUGGUUCCCUUUCUGGCUCUUUGGCUUUGACCUCUGUGGCUACCCUGGAAUGAAAGCCUGGGCAGAGGCUGCCUAACCUGUCCCCUGCCUAGCCUUCUGUGUGGCCUCUCCCUGUUGCAGGAAGUGAGACUAGAAAUCAAGACCAAGCUCUUGAAAGGGUCCAAGAGAGAGUCCCAGCAGUCUCCUCCUACUCAGACACACACUUCCCUUUGGCCUGGUGAGAGUGAGCAGAGAAAGGGGUGACCUUUACAGGCAGGUGCACUCUGACACUCAGCUGAGCAGCCUUGCUUGCUCUUCCUUCCCCAAGACAAGACCAAAAUCACUCACCACCUCUGGCUUUAGAGGACUCACGUACUGCUAUGCUGUCUCCUUAGAUGGGACUGCUGUCCUAGACCAGAUUUUACCCUCUUUUCUGGGAGGAAGGGGAUAAUUAUGUAAGCAAAAUGUGCUGGUGUUUCCAUUCACUGGGACCUGGAAACAAAGAGUGCUGGGAUUGGGCCACAGCAGUGAACCCAGCCUGUCACCCUUCUGUCACUCUUCGUCCCGCAGCAACAGAGCAGCAGCUCUGACAUGCUGGCUUCAUUGUCAACUUAGCUCAUAUUCUAGCUGAUGCCAUCUUCUAAAACAGAACAACUCAAAGCCUGGGCACAGCAGUAGUUGUAGCAACCCUAAGGUUGAGACAGGAAGAUCCAUUAAGCCUAGGAGGUCAGCACCAGCCCAGGUAACACAGUGAGGUCUUAUCUUAACGGCAGAGAGAUGGAGAAAGAGAAAAAAAGGCAGCCCAGGGAUAUAGCUCGGUGGUACAGUGCCUGCCUGGCAAGGAUAGGGCCCUGAACCAAAAAAAAAAAAAGAGAGAGAGAAGGUUUAUUGUCACUCCACUUGAGUAUCCAUCAAGAAGAAUAUACCAUGGUCUAAGUAAAAUAAAAUUUUUUCCAAGACACUGUGUCCAACACAAAUAGGCCUUUGAUCUGACAGUACUGACAGUAUAUUUUGGAAGGAUUUCUUCCAUGUUCUAAAAGUCACACUUAAUAUUCAAAAGGUGAACACAGAUUUGUAGCCAGAAACCUUGGGCUGGCCCUGGCUGUUCUGGAGUCAGUGCCUAUCUAGUAUCUUCUUUCUUCUACUCCUAUGUCAGAAGCAUAAGAUGGUUGAAGACCAAGGUUUUAGCUUUAUAGCUCCUGCCCCCAAAUACAUUUGUGAAUUUACACACAGGGCAGUCUCUGGGCUGAAACGCAGUAUGUAGAACUGUGGUUGGUUGGUGUGUGGCGAGAUCCAGAGAACAGGAGCAAAAGGAAAACAUACUUUCUGUGUGUGUAUUUGAACAUAUAUAUAUAUAUUAUAUAUUCAUUCUAGUGCUUGUGAAUAUUAUACCAUGUGCAUUUAUUAUUCACUUUUUAAAUAAAAUAGUUUUAAUAUCACAGAAAGGGUAGAUAAGAAGAAGCCCCUAGGGUACAUGACCCAUGGCAUUCUCUUCCCACUCCUCAGUGAUGAGUGCGUAAUUCAGUUGUAAGCUUCCCAAGGCAGACUGUAAGCUCUAAGUGGGCCUGCUGCAUACAUCACUAUAUCUGCGAGGGCCAGCACGCAGGACUUAGUAAAUGUUUGUUGAAUGAAGAAAUCAGAAGACAUGGACCAAAAAGGGGGCAGGGGACAAUGCCAGAGUAUGGGGUCAGAGUUCCAGGUGGCAGGAGAUUACCAUCCCCCUGGCCGCCCGCUUUGAGCAACACCCUGUCAUGGACCCACACUCCUUAGGAAAGCACAUCUCUAAAGGUGCCCUAAAUGGUUUAUGUAACCCUUCUGUCUCGUUUAUAUCUGAAUUUUUCAGAUUGCAGUCAAUUAAAUUGUACGCACAUAACCUCCCACCCCAUUAUGUUCUCUGUGGUACUGCAGUUACCCCGGUCAUCUGUGGCCCAAAAACAUUAAAUGGGGAAUUCUAGAAGUAAAUAUUCCAUGUGUUCAAAUAACUUUUACUAUAGCAUACUCUUAUAAUUGUUCUAUUGUUGUGAAUCUCUUACUGUGCAGACUUCUAAGUUAAAUUUGAUCAUAAGUAGGUCUGUGUAGGGAAAAUGUAUAUAUGGGAUGCAGUACUGAUCCGGAGUCUGAGGCAUCCUCUCAGGGUUGCGGCCUGUAUCCCCAGUGGGUAGGGGACUUCUGUAAGGGAAGCCUGAGGUUGGCUAAGCCAGUUCCUAGGCGGUGAUUGGGACAUGGAUCCAAGGCAGAGCCAACCAGCUCUUGCGCAUGGUUCCCAGGGAAGAUGAUACCGUGACAGCCAACCGCAGGACCGGUGUCACGGCACAGUGCAUUGACUGAGGGACGCAGCCUGUCUGGUUGGGGUGUGGUGGCUUUUAGGGCCACUGUUUCUCCACAGCAUCUCAGGUCACCCCAGUGUGUAUUCAAGGUAGAAGAUCAUUGCUCUUUGGAGAUGGUUUUUUAGGUCCAAAGCUGAUGGUACGCUUCCCACAGAACAAAGCAAAAAAAGAGAUUUUUGCUUCACCGGCUUGACAUUGUUUCUGUACUGCUCAUAGAACCUCACUUUGCUUUAAAAGCCUCAGGGUCCCUUCCUGUGACAGCCACUUCACACAAACAUGUAACUGCCUAAUCAGGCCACACAUCAUUUUCCAGACUUGCUGGGCAACAGUGACCUAAAUAUGACUCAAAGUGCCUGAUGUCCAGCCCGGAGAAACAGUACAUUUGGUUUGAUUGUUUUCAUGCUGAUGAAGUUCAGUCAGUAAUUCAGAGUCCCCGUAAGAAUGGCUGAACCGUUCAGUGCUGUAAAUUAGUUCUUUCGGCACAAAGCAGGGGUGUAGAGUUUUUAUUGAGUUACUCACUUUCCAACAGAAUCACAUAUGCACUCACUCAACCUCAUUGUUCUGCCAUCUUUAAUUGAUACAUGAGACAAAACGAGUAGGAAUGGGGAAGUGUCCGCACCCGUUUGUGCCAGCCAGCCAUGGAGUAAAUCUGUGGAAAAUGUGACUGGCCUGCUUUCGAGCCAGGGAGUGGAGCGGCAGAUUGUUCUGCCUGCUUUCCCAGGUAGCCCAACAGGCAGUAAAUAAGGCCUGCUUUUGAUGCCACUCAUGCUAUGAACACACCCAGCAGGGAAAUCUGCCUAACUGCCCACUGAGGCAUCAAAUACAAUUGGCCUCCUUCAAGAAGUAUGGCUGCGUUCAGGGUCACACUGAAGUUGGCAAGAAGCCCCGCGGGGACACUUCCCAUUGCUAUCUCCUAGGAGCCUGGGAGCAGGCAGAGGGAGGUUGCUCUUGGGCUCUUGAAUCAAGUCAGUGAUCAUGAAGAAAAUGGAAUCUCUUCAUGGCAGCAAGAAAAGCACAAGUGUGGCCUGAGAGAGGCCACAUCCCCGUUUCCAGCUGGCAGGCUCCAGCCCAGAUCUAAACAACCCAUUUCUGGAAACUUUAAAAACGAGAGAACAGUCAGAUGGACUGAGUCCCCACGGGGCCUCUAAUGUGUCCUCCAGCAGCAGUGUGGCGAGUGGCUUCUGUGAUGUGGGAUUCCUGAGCGAACAGGACUGGGCCCCCUCCACCGGCUCCUCUCUCAUUUAGGGCCAGAAAUAGAUGCCCCAUCCCAGGAAAGGGAAGUCAGGCGGUGGGGAAUGUUUCAUCUGUUGGAAUAUUGUUCAGCUCUGCCCAACAAGAUUACUGAGCUCUCAGUUCUGUAGCAGGGGCCCUGGGUAAGAGGCUGAAAAUUGAUGCACUGUGUACUUGCUUAAAAUAGCAAACGCAGAAUAGGAAAAGCAGAGCAUACCGGUAGGAAGGCUGUCUCCCUCCAUCAUUACCAACACAAGAGUGUGCAUCAGAGCAGGGGGUAGAUUUCCUGUCCGAAGCACUUAUGGGGUGGCAACUCCUCUCUGCAGUGAGACGAGGGCUCUCUUUUUAGCCAGUAGAGCUGAGUGUAGAGCCUUCUGUUCUCAAACAGGUAACAGAAAGUGAUAAUUUAUUUCUUUGCAUCUGGUAUCUGGGAUUGGUGUGUGAGACAGUUACUUCUGUUUUAAUCUCUUUGAAUUCCUCUAAUCCUAAACUCCCCAGUUACUUGCUACUUAGCCAAAUAUUCUUCACCAUGGGUUAUAGUUGCCUGGAUGAACAGAAAGGUUUAGUAACAGUAAAGUGGCGAAUGUAUAAAAAGAACCGUGAGCCAGGCAUAGCAGCACAUGUCUGUAUCUCAGCAUUCCAGGAGGCUGAUACAAGGGGACUGAAAGUUCCAAGCCAGCCUGGGAAACUUAGAGAUUUAGCAAGACCUUGUCUCCAAAGUAAAAAAUACAAAAAGGGAGCUGGAGAUGUAGCACCGUGUAAAGGCCCUGGAUUUAACCCCUACUACAGGUAGGGGCUGGCCCAGGUGGCUGGCCCUGAAUCAAGGCCAGCAACUUCCUGAUGCUGUUGGUUUCAAGCAGGAGCCUAAAGAGAUGUCUUUCUAUGGUCUGUUGGCCAUUUCAGAACUUGGGCAGUGAUAUGGUCAAUUCAUUAGAAAGAAACAGCUCAAAGCAACCCCUACCACCCUGGGUGAGCGGCUGUGAGCAUGGCAGGCUGCAGCGGCCCAGGAUGGGAGCCACCAGCGUUUACUGGGACCUGAGCCAUACUGGGACCUGGAAGGCUGGGAAACCAAGCAACCCCUCCCCCCCCCCGCCUGUUUUUUUGAACUUCAAUAUACGUGAAAGUAUGGAUAGCUAUUUUGAAAAGAAGGAGAGACUCUGACAGCCAUUAGUGACUUCCCUAUUGUCUGCUUUUGAAGACCCUAAAACACCUUCCUCAUUCAGUUCAGAUCAGCUUUAUACUAUGUUGUUUUGUAUGAAUUCUCUGUAUGUGAAGACAUGGACAACUAUUUGGAAGAAAUCAAGAAACAAUAUGAUAGUGAAGAUCUCAGGUUGUCUAGCUUUGAAAUUUACAUUGCUUUCUUAUGCCCUGUUUUGUUCUGUUUUGUUAUGUUUAAUUUUACCCCCUUUAAAAUAAAAUUUUUUUAAAAAGCCAGGUGGGAGCUGGAAUUUAGCUCAGUGACAUAAGUGCCUGCCUGGUAAGCAGGAGAUUAUGAGUUUGAUACCUGCUACAAAAAAAAAAAAAUUGAAUUUAGCCAAGUGUGAUGGUGCAUGCUUGUAAUCCCAGCACGUAGGAGGCUGAGGCAGAAAGAUCUUUGCAAGUUCGAGACCAGCCUGGGUUACAAAGUGAACUCAAGGUCAGUUUGAACUGCAUAGUGAGACCCUGUCUCAAAUGAAAGAAAGAAGAGAGAAAGCAGGCAGGCAAGCAAGAAGGAAAGCCAGCCAGCCAGGUGUGGUGGCACAUGCUUAUAAUCCAGUGCUUGGGAGACUGAGACAGGGGGAUCACCUGAACAUGAGUUCAAGGCCAGUCUAAACUACGUAGUGAGAUCUUGUCUCAAAAAACAAACUAAAUAAAUAAAUACAUAAUUUUUUAAAAAUAAAAAACACCUGUGCCACCACCCCCAAGUAAACACCAUCUUUUGUCAGCUAAGUGCGAUUUUUAAAAUACUCAAGUGCAAGUCAAAAGAGCCUUCUAAAAGCAACAAGCCGUUCCCUCAGAACGGGUCCUAGAAAGUGGCAUACUGGUUCCUUAGGAGGUUUACAUAGUGGGGUGGCAGGGGUGGGGAGCCCUGAGCCAUGAGCACAGAGACGUCUACCCAUGCUCUGCCCCACGACCACCCCUGCAUCCCUUCCUCCAUCAGCAGCAGUAAAUGGGCUCCUAGGUGCCUGUGCUGUGCUGGGCUGUGCUAGCCACAGCCCAUAGCUUCCCCUUUGACCCUCUCAUCUGGGAAUGAGAGGUCACUAAUCAUCCCACUUGGAGAACUAUGUGAAAAAGAUUAAUUGCUGAUUGGAGCCCUGGACUACCUGAUUCCAAAUCUGAUGGUCUUCUCCAAGCCUCCUAAACACACAGAAUCUGAAAGAUCCUGUUCCCAUCUCUUCCUGCUGCCAACUGGAACAUCUGACUUAGAUGUGUUAUAACUAAAGUUCCAAAAAUUAGUAUCUGGGAAGACAGCACUUUUCUAGGCUGUGCAGUACAGUAGUUUGGGGUGCCCCUCAUAGUGACUCCUACUAAUGGUUCAGUAAACCACGACCUCCUUGUCAGUGAACACUGGUCCAUGAGAAUUGCCCAAGUCCUUUUUUUUUUUUUUUGGCAGUACUGAGGAUCAAAAUCACAUUGCUUUCACAUUGAACUAAACCCCCUAAGCUCCCACCCCUUUUUAUUUUUAGAUUUGAGACCAGGCAUUGCUAAAUUGUCUGAGCUGAGCUCAAACUUGCAACUCUCCUACCUCAGCCUUCCAAAGUGCUUACAUUAUAGGUUGCACCAUCACACCAGGCUGGAAUUGUCCAAAUUCUAUAUUGCCACAAUUCUAGAUAAUUUGCAAAGCAGGCAUUAAACUUUCUUUUUUCUCUUCUUCUUCACAUUGUUGCUUCUUUUUUUUUUUUUUUUUUUUUAAAUCGGUACCGGGGAUCGAACUCACGACUGCCUGCUUGCAAGGCAGGCGCUUAUGCCGCUGAGCUAAAUCCCCAGCCCCUCACAUUGUUGCUUCUAAGAAUAGUGUUUUCUAAAAGGUCAGAAAGUGUCAAGUGAAGAUCACUAGAAAGAAUGGGAGUGGAGUAUGAAAAAAAAAAAAAGAAUAACUUUGAAUAAAAAGUUAGAAAUUGGAAGGAGUUAGAGAUGGAUGAAAAUGGCAGCUGCAACAACAACAAAAGAAAGAUACAAUCAAUUUAUAAGGGGAUUUAGCUCAGUGGUAGAACGCUUGUCUGGUAAGCUGGAAGCCCUGGGUUGGGUCCUUAGCACAAAACAGAAAAACACAACAACAACAAAAGAAAGUGGCAGCUGGCUGACUAAGGGCAUGGUGCUGCAGGUAGACUGCCUGCAUUGCCAUUUUAACACUAAAUUUUCAAAUUCCAGACUUUUUACUUAGCUGCCUUUCUUCUCUUAUUCCCCUAUACUGCAUACUAAACCCAUGAACUACCUCACCAUCCCUUGUUAAAUUUUGAGACAGAAUCUUGCUAAAUUGUCCAGGCUGGCCUCAAAACUUUUGAUCUUCCUGCCUUAGCCUCCUGAGUAGCUGGGAUCACAGGGAUGCACCCUAACACCCAGCUUGCUCUUAAUAACGCACGUCACCAUUAUGAUAUUGUACAUACUAACUUUACAGAAGAAUUUGCUUGGAAUGUAGGUUUAGGGGAACAGUUUGGGGAUGUGGUAUACUUUAUUGGGUCAUAAGCCUUCUGUUAAGAAAGAGAGCCAUGAGUUCUAUGUACCCCUGGGUCUACAUGAUGUACAGUGGAAUCUUUUUGAUUUUCCAGGGGAAGUCAGACUCAGUGUUGUGCCAAGCAGGAUUAAUUGUCUCUCUCUACCUCCCCCACACUCACGUUGAAAGCCUGGGGCCAUGGCGGACCCCUCAGAUCAUGUACAUUCAGUCAAGCACCAGGGCUCCUGCCAAAACAUCUCUCCACUGUGCAUGGCAUGUCCUCCAGGACAUAGGGCUUCCUGCCUGGGAGUGCACACCCACUGCCCAUCCACCUCCCCUGCUGCACCUCUGUGCUUUUCUGUGUUGUUCUCACAAGGGCUCUAGAGGCCACACCUUUCAGGCACAGGGCACACAGACAAGGCUCGGGGCUGGGGGCAAAGGAAGGUUGAUCCUCAACCUGCCAGGAAUCAGCCAGCUGUAGACCUUGGCUCUGAGGGAAACAACGCAUUCUCUCUGCUUUCUUAGAGAAUCCUUAAUCACGUGUCUGUUGGUUACCUAGUUAAACCUUGACUCCUAAACUCCAGCCCUGGGCUUGCUAUUCACAGGCCCACAAUGCUGCCCUCUUUCACCCUGGACUCACUGACUGAGUCCUCUAAGUCCUCCAAAGGGCAGUCGUCACCUUUUUGUCUUAGUGAUCCCUGAAGGGUAAGGUCCCAGCUAGGUUCAAAAACCUAGCUCAGGUAGACCUGAGUGGCUGUUGAGCCAGCUAGCCACGGCUUGGAAGGCUCAGGCAGAAAGAUCAAAAUUUACAGCCCAACCCGGGCAGUUUAGUGACUUAGCAGGGCCAUGAGUAAUGAGUGUGCUGAGGGCGUAGCUUAAUGGGAAGGGAAGGGCCCAGGUUGAUCCCCAGUAACACAUGCCCCCCGCCACUACCACCAAACAAGAAAGCAAAAAAAACUCCAAGGACUGUAUUAAGAAACAGACCCUGCCUAAGUGGUGAGUCACCAUCAGCUAUGCCGCAGGAUGCUCAGUGCUCACCACCUGCUUCUGGGCUAGGUUUGGGCUCUGCAGGGAGAAGGGGGAAAUGAGUGUUGUGGCCUCGGGGGCUUGUGAGCAUUUAUUGGAAAGGUGUGGCCAGCCACCUGUCAAAGCUGCAAGCCACCUGGGACCCCCUGCCUUUCAGACCUGGAGUGAGGCAGUGGACACCCACACCCAUCCCCUGCCCUGAGCCCUGGAGGAGGAGGCUGGGGUGUUACUCUCUUGCAUCCCAAAGCUUUUACUUGCAGAUGUUUCAUGUAGAACAGGUUGGAAGACAAUGCCUUAACAAUUCCUGACCUCAGAGCAAACUUCCUUUUCUUAGUUCCCAACCCUGUUCAAAAAUGUGGUUCUAUAAACCGGUGUGGUGGUAGUUGCCUAUAAUUCCAACCCUUAGAGGCUGAGGCAGGAGGAUCACUGCAAGUUCAAGGCCAGCCUAAACUACACAGUUCAAGGUCAGCCUGCACUGACACAGUGAGACCCUAUUAAAAGAAAAAAUGUGGUUCUAUAAAUCUGAAUCCAGUAGUAAUAAUUGGGGAGAGAGGGGGUGUUGAGAGAGGGUCUUGCUGUGUACUACUCCAUGCUGGCCUUGAACUUGCAAUCCUCCUGUCUCAGCCUUCUGAGUGCUAGAAUUACAGCAAUGUGCCAUGCAUGAAUACUAUACUCUCAUACAUGCGUUCUUGUACUCUUUUGAAUAUUUUGAUACCCAGAGUGUUUGUGUAGGAGUGUAAAUGGCUUUAAAUGUUUGAUUCCCAGACAUUAGGGAUCAGGAUUCAUUAGUUUCUCUAUCUAGUGACCUGUGACCUAUGCAAAUGGAAAUCUGAAUGCUUUUUUUUUUUUUUUAAAUUUGGUAUUAGAGAGUAAACCCAGGGUCGUCUCACUGAGCUACACUUCCAAACCUUUUUCUCCCUCUUUCUUUCUUUCUUCUGUAUUUUGUGUUCUGUCUUUCAUUUUGUUUUGUGUUUUUGAGACGAAGUCCACUGAAUCACUGAAUUGCCCAGGCUGGGCUCCCACUUGUGAUCUUCCUGUCUCAGCUGCCGGUAGUGCUAGGGUUACGGGUACACUACCACACCUGGCCUCAAUGCUUCUUGAAAAUGGUGAGCUGAAUAAGCAAAUAAGAAAAUGCAUACCAGUGCUUCUAACAAGCCACUGAGGAUCUGUGAGAGGAAGGUAUGGGUGCUGGGCCUGUUGCAUCUAGUCUUAUUUAGCACCUUCAUUACCGACGUGCACAGAAAAUAAACAGUGAUGCACGCAGAUGGUGCCCACUGCGGAGGUGCUCUGUGCUGAAGCAUCAGAGAGGAGAAGUAGAAAUGUAAGCAGGAGACGGCAAAGAGGGCCAAAAAUUCAGCCAGGGAAAAGAAUCUCUCAGUUAGAAACUAAAAUCCUGCCAUACAGCACAAGAGGUUAAGGAGGGCAGGGAGGAGAGGCCAGGAGGCCUUGGACCUCCGGGUCACCUCAAAGCCAGCCGGACGCACCUCUGCCCCAACUGCUCUCCCCUCUGUUUUGUGGUAGAGAUUUUGUUUGGUUGGGUGUUCUGUUGCUUCUGCUUUUUGGUUCUUUCUCCAUAUUUGAAGGAGCUGUGAGUAUAGUUUCAUCUUCAUAGUGAUACAGGGAAACAAACUCCCAACCUACUAUAUGUCCCGUGUGAGUUCAUGCUCUCUAAAAUCCAAGAAUGAAUUUUAGGAACAAUGGAGGUUAAGAGCAGAAUAUAUUUAUUGAGAGAAAGAAAACUUCUGUCUGAGAAACAGAGAGAGACAGACAGACAACCCCAGGGGGUUGCCAAAGAUUCUGUCUUUUCUAGGGGUUUUUAUAGAGUAAAACCAUGGGUGAGGUGGGUCUAAGGGAAAGCUGGGAACUCGAAAGGCAGAGGUGGGACAGAGGUAUGGUCAACCAAUAAGUUUAAUUGUUCAGGUAAAAUUGACCAAAUUAGAGACAGAUGAGGAAGCAAAGUGAUUAUGGAUCAGUGACUCUUUCUCUCGGGGUUGGGGUGGUGACUCCUGGCUUCUCCAGGUGAUCCAUACCUAAUCCCUGCGGUUUAUACUUAAGGGUGUGGCUGAAUUUGUUUUGCCUUCUGUCCUGAGAUCUGGCCCACAGCAAGAGUGUGUAUCUACUCUAAGGUCACCAGACAUCUGGUCCUCUGUGCCAGUUUCCUUAAGGGCCCGCCCCGUCUCACUGUCUACAGCAUUUCUAACUCGUUCAGCUGCCUGUGACAGUAGUUUGGUUUUAAAAGGUUUCAUUAUCCUGAUAUAAAAUACUCAUUUGGACAUUUGGGGAAGAAGUCCAGAGUCCAAACAUAUAAAGCAAAGUGGGCCAUUUUUUUUUUAAGAGAAAAAAACAAUGCAGAAUUUUAAAACAAGCUAAUAGGGGAUUAACGAUGGUUAAUAUAUUAUAUAUCAUUAUCUUCAGAAUAGUUGCUCAGAUUACCAGAUACAGGCAUGAAAAACUGAUCAAAUAAUGUAAGCACAAACUAUUCUUUUCAGUGAACUAAUAGAAAUUAGUAGCAUAAUAUCUUAGCCAUCUUGUAUACAUACAUAUUUUUUUUCUUUCCCUUCCUUCUUUUCUCCUUUCCCCCAUUCCAGUUUCUCUUUCCUUUGAGCAGUUUCUUCCCUUUUCACAAUAUCUGUUGUGCAUGUUGGAUCUUAAUCUUUUGGUGGAGACAAUAUUAUAUUUACACAUGUGAAUCUGGUCUGUUUCACUUAUGAGUAUGGUCUCAAGUUGCAUCCAUUUACCUAUAAAAGCCUCAAGUUUAUUUACAGCUAAGUCGUACUCCAUUGUAUAAAAAUACCACAUCUUUUUUAUCCAUUUCUCAACGGAUGGACAUUUGGGUUGUUUCCAAGAUUUAGCUAUUACAAAUCAUGCUGCUAUAAACAUGGGUGAAGUGGGCCAUUUUUACCACCGCCAUCUCUGAUGUUGUCUGUGGUGGGGAAAUAAAUCCCCCUCCAGAUCUCUCACGGUGGGUACAGCCAGGCCUCCUCCUCCUACCCUGUCCACUCUGCCGAGAGAGCGGGCACCGCGGUGACACCAUGGGAAGAACCUUGAAGCUCACCACACAGUAGCCCAUGUCUUCCUCUGGGAAUCCAGAGCAAAGCCAAAGCUGACCAUGGGGAGCACACAGCUGCUUCAGGUCCCAGGACAACACCCUUUCAGGGAUAGGCCGAGGCAGUAGUGUCUCCUGAACUGGGGCUAGCAUGGGUCUGAAAGUGCAAAGCCAAGCACCUCUGUGCAGACACGGAGAGCUGCGUCCUGAGUUGCCCAGUGCCUGGGCUUCCCUUGUUCCCACCUCACAGGUCACUCCCCCCCCCCCCCCAGCAAGGCUCCAGCCGGGCAAAGGGAGGUAGCUCGGAUAGCUCAGGAGGCUAAUGCCCUGGGCUCACUCCCUGUUUCCCCACUUUCCAUCUGUGGGAAAACUUGCUCGCCCUUUCCAAUCUUCUGCUUCCUCAUGGAUUAAGGGAGCACAAUGACGGCGUGGGGAGGGUUAAAUAAGAUGAGGCCUGGGAAGUGUGUAAUGCAGUACUGAGUUCUUCAUUACCAAGAGCCUUAGCGCUGCGCAAGGCAGACUGCUAAGCAGCCCUAGCCUGGAUGGCCGCAGGCUAAGUGAUCGUGGGAGGUCUCUGCCCACACUAUCUGCGCUGCAUAUUCCUGAGAAAUCCGCAGCGUCUCUGCUUGUCUCCAUAACGUCUCAGGACAUAGAAACGACAACACGGUUCAUCAAACAGUCCAAAUAUUCCCUCCUUCAAAAUUCUCUGAGAAUAUCAUUAGUAAUGAGGCAUCAUCUAAUAUAGAAAUCUGGGGUUAGGGAUUUGGCUCAGCGGCUAAGCGCCUGCCUUUGUAAGCGUGCAGUCGUGAGUUCGAUCCCUGGUAACUGGUUAAAAAAAAAAAAAAAAAAAAAAAAGAAGCAGCUAAAAAUAAAAUUCCUCUUUACAUAGAACUCUGGGCCUAAACAGCAAGGUCAGGAUUCUGCAGUUCCCCAAGGAAUCUCGGCACAGUGCGGCUCCCUAGGGCCUCUUAGUAUGUGCUGAACAUGCCCUGUGUAGACAGCCAGUGCGCCCAGCGAGGCAUCGGGAGCACACAGGCCUCUCUCCUGGCCUCCAGAGUCCCAGCCCAGCGCAGGGUGGCUCCACCCCGCCUCUUAACAACCCUGCCUCCAAGGCGCUGGGUGCUGGCCUCAUUUCCUGGGUAGCAGCCCCCGCUGCUUUAGUAAUUGUGUCAUAUUUGUUAAAACCCAUCCUGUCUUUCCAUAGACACUGGUGGCUUCCUAUUUGUGUCAGACAGGGCACUAGGAGCUGUAUCUCUGCAGGCGGGGAAAUGUUCGGCUCCUCCCUCCCCUCCCCCAGCCCACAGUAACCAGGAAGCGCAGGUGGCCUCUUUCCUCCUGUUUUCUCCACAGCACACAAGCAGGGAGUUUAAGUCCUCGGCUGUGUCCUGCGUUAUUUGCGUUCAAGUUCUGCCUCUGCCGUGUGACUUUCGGCAGGUCCUGACCUCUUCGGGCUAAUUUCCUCUUCUGAAAAUAGAACUUACCUUAUGUUGUAAUAAGGAUUUGAUGAAUUGAUAAUUGCUGCGCAGCUAUUAUAUACUUUUUUUUGUGCCAUCUGCCUUAGUCCACUAAGGUGACAAUAACAAAAUGCCACAGACUAGGUGACAAACAACAGAAACAUACUUUGUUACAGUCCCUGAGGCUGGACGUGCCAGGUGAAAGUCUUGCGUGGCUAGGUUCUGGGGAAGGCUCUUUCCUGUGCGCAGCGGACCCUGGGCUCCAUGCCAGCCCCGCACCCAAGACCUAGUUUCCAAAGACAGCUGUGUUAGUCUGAGAGCUUCAGGGCCUGGGUGCGGGCAGGAGGAACACAGUUCAGCCCAUAGCGAUAUGGUUAUAUAUUUUUUACUGUUUAAUUUGCAUGUGUAUUGCAUUGUGGACAGAAAAGGUAGGCUCUGUGUGAUGCUAAUCUCAGGUUCUUAUCAAAGUUUCUUACAUGGUCUAUCCAUAACCUGCUGUGGGUGUACUUUAAAAAAAUGUGCUUUCUCUGAUUGUUGUGUUGGAGACAUGAUCUCACCAUGUAGUUCAGUUACUGUGCACUCCAGGCUGGCCUUGAACACAUGGCAGUCCUCCUGCCUUAGCCUCCCACAUACAGGGAUUACAGGCAUGUACCACCACCCCUGGCUGUUUCCUCAAUUUUUAUUUUUAUUGUUAUUAGUACAUGCUUGCUGUACAUAAUGAUUAUUACAUUUGUUGUGGGGAAUUGGUACAUUUAUGUAAUAUCUUUUUGUAUGUUAUUUUAAUAUUGUCUGAGGAAUUAAACUCAAGACCUUGCCCUUGCAGGCUGGCACUUAUGCUGCUGAACUAUAUCUCCCACCCUAAAGGGUUUUUGGUUUGUUUUUGUUUUUUAACUUAUAUAGUUUUGAGAAAGAUGUUAACACACAGGUAUGUGUGCACACAUGUGUGUGUAUGCAGUGAACCACUCCUUGAUAAAACAGUUAUCUAGCAAGCUUUUUUCCCAGCAAAACUUUUCUAGCUUUCUUUAGAAUAAUGGAGUCGAUCUUAUUGAAGUCCUUAUUUUUUAACUUUUCUGUGUCAUUGCGAUUUAGAGCAUAUACUUGAACUUUUAAAUUAAAUCUGACAGCUGGGUGUGAUAGCACAGGCCUGUAAUCCCAGCCGUUGGGAGGCUGAGGCAAGAGGAUCACUGUGAGUUCCAGGCCAGCCUGGAAUACAUAGUGGGUUCAAGGCCAGCCUGAACUAGGUAGGAAAACCUUGUCUCAAAAAAAAAAAAAAAAAAAAACAUACAAUUAAAUCUGACAAAUGCCUUGGAUAGUUUAUACCUCUGGUUUACUGUGUUCAUUUAUAUAUUUAAUACUUCUUCAUUAUUAUUCCACAUUGGUCUGUGUUUUGUUGUUCUCGUGUUACUUCCUGUGCCUUUGUUCCCCUUCCCCCCUUCUGCCCCUUAGACAGGUCAAGUUCUCUUUUCACGCUUCCUUGUACUUUGAAAGGUGCACCUUACAGCUUCCUGUCUUGUUUCCCACUAGUCCUUUUCACGUCUCUGCUUGUCUGAAAGAGGCCUGAUGUCCACCAGUCUCCCUACUCUCCUCCCAGACUAGAUUCUGUCAAAUGUCCACUGGGACAUCCCCUCCCCCCAUCAUUUAUGCUGCUGUUGUUACCUAGGCAUUUUGGUUUUGAAUGGUUUUUUUGAUUUGUUUUGUUUUUUUAUCCAAGAGGAUUGAAUUUGGAGUUUUGGUGGGGUUUUCUUGUUUUGUUUGUUUGAGACCAAAAAAGGUCUCAUUUUGUAUUUCAGGUAGGCUUUGAAGUCACUCUGUAGCCAAUUUGUAGCCAUCCUCCUGCCUCAGCCUCUCCAAGUGUGAAAUUACAGGUGUGCACCACCACCCCCAGUGUCAUCUAAGAUUAUAGAUCAAUACUGUUUUAAGCCCUAAGAGUCAGUUGCUUUUACUGUUGUUUUUCAUGGUGAGUGCCUAUUUCACUGUGAAAUGUACAGACCAUCACUGCUGGUCUCCUGGUGCGUGUGUCCUACAGCAGGUCCCACUGCCAUCCUUUCAGGACAGUGGAGACUGGCCAACACGCAAGUCCUUGUCUUGUUCUGUCCUCUCUCUCAGAUGACAGAGAGUAUAGGACUGCGAUUCUGUUGUUGCCUCACUCACAAGGCCAUUGGUCCAGUGCCGGCAGGGGGACCCUUCUGUCCUCCUGGGGUUGUCCCUUUGCCUUUGGUGAUUUAAGGUAGGCUCACUUUUCAAGAGGUCAAAAGACAGGCAAAAUGCAGGUCCCUGAUUUUUACAGAAAAUUGUUUGCUUUCCUGCCUGGUGGUGUUUUGCUACUUUGCCAGGCCAGAAGGCCGACUUCAGGUGGCCUGUUCACAGGCCUGGCAGCCUUUGCCAGCCCAAUUGACCAUGGAGCUUCAGUCCUAGUACUUGCACUUGUGGCCUGGGCCAGUGUCCUGGGGCUGGGCACAGCCAGGCCUUCCCGUGCUGCUCCAGCCCUGGCCUCUCCUUGUCACCUGCAGUUGUCCUGCUUUCCGUUAACAUCCACUGUGCUGCUAGGUGUCCUCUGUGGAAGUGGACUCUGCACGUGCAGACACCUGGAGUCAGGCUUGUAGGUCCUGCCCCUUGCUGGGACCAGCAGAGCUCCUCAGAGACCAGGAACACAGCCCAUGGGCAAACAACCUCACUCUGAAGCUGGCACCUAGAAAACUGGGCAAGGACUCAAGAAGGUGGCAAGGGGUGGGAGAAUUUGUUUUUACCUAUAACACAGCCUCUGAUACAGUGUUGAGGGUGUACCUGAAGCAAGAAUGGGGCCGAGGGAAGGUGGGGACACCAGUUAGAACCACGGCAGAACACAGGGACAGGGGCCCAUUCCAGUCAGGCCCUAGAGACCUUAGAGAGCCUGAGGCAGGCAGGUGGACAGAACUCCAUGUGUGCCACAGAGGCAAGGAGGGAGCUGAGCUGGCUCCUGGCCCCCUGGCCUCCGAAGCAGCUGGGUGAUGCCUCUGGCUGUGACCUGCUUGCAUGACAA